CACAAACAAAAACACAAAAUAAUGUUGUGAAGUUAAAGUAUGUUUUUUAAACUUUUAAGGAUGAACAGCUACUUAAAAAAUAUUAAAAGUGUGUCCAAGAAUGUUACUGACAUUCUAGCUGUUAUGGGAAAUGAGAGUGUCGAUUUAGACUCAGCAGUUUCGUCAAUUUCCCUUGCAUAUCAUUUAAGUAACUUUGGAAUUAGCUCAAGAAUUAUCCCAGAUAGUAAAAGAAGUAAGAGCUACAACAUCCUUCCAAUUAUCAACUGUAAAAAAGAACAUUUGCCUUUAAAAACGGAAGUAACUUACUGGUUAAAGGAACAUGGAAUAGAACUUGACAGUUUGAUCUGCAAAGACGAGUUAAAUGUGGAUUCAAGUGUCAAAAACUUCAUAUUAGUUGAUCAUCAUGUGUCUGCUUAUCAUGAAAAAGUUGUGUCCGUUUUGGAUCAUCGUCCGUAUGAUGAAAAAUCCAUGCUUAAAAAAGAGUGCAUUGUUAAUAUUCAGGAAAUUGGAUCUUGUGCAACAUUAGUUCUCGAAGCUAUAAAAAACGAUCUAAACACUGAAGAUAUUAAAAAGGAUGAAAGUCUAUUGCAUUUCCUUUAUGGACCAAUCAUUUUGGACACAAUUAAUUACAGUAAAGAUGCUGACAAAGUCCGUGAGCUGGAUUUUGAAAUGACUGACAUAAUUGAAAAAGCUUUAAGCAUUGUAAACAUAGAAGAAACGCGGAAAAGCAUUUUUAAAGCACUAAUUGAUGCAAGAGCUGAUGUGAGCUGUCUCAAUUCCCUCCAAAUUCUAUCAAAAGAUCUCAAAAUAGUAUCAAAUAAAGAUUCUACAGUUAAAGUUGCAAUGUCAGGGCUUCACGUUUUCGAAUAUCCAUUUAUGAAUGAUGCUGCCGCUAAUGUCAAGGUUUUUGCUGAUCAAGAAAAUAUUGAUGUCAUCAUGUUUAUGGGAAUGAAACCAGUUGAUGAUACUGUAGAAAGACAUCUCGCAGUUAUGGAUAUCAAAAAUAAAAACUUGUAUGAUGACAUCAUAAAAACUGUCGAGUCAAUGAAAAAUCCUGAUUUGAAGCUUGCAUUAAAUGAGGACAUAAAAUUCCUCGAUGGAAAAUUUUAUAGUCAAGGCAAUGUUAAAGCAAGCCGCAAACAAAUACUACCAGUUAUCCGGGACUUAUUACAAACUUAUUGAACGAAUUUCAGGCUCUUCAGCAGUUACUCCGAGCUCUUUUGCCUUUCUUUUUAAAUCAAUUAAUUUUAUAUUAAUAUGAAAAGCCUCAUAAAACAAUGAUGAAUAAAGGAGAACAAGCUGUAAAUUGAAUUAAUAAUUGUUAAA